AUGGCUUUCAUCUGGUCAGGCAUCCAGGCGGGCGCAAGCGUCUUGCCGUACAUAGGAGUCGGUGCUGGAACAGUAGCCAUCUUCGCUGCGAAGGAUGGUGUAUUACGCGUUGGAUUCCAGGAGCCGACCGACAUGGCGACACAACUCGAAACAACUUACAAGUGUUUCGGUUCACUCCCGCCGGCGCAACGUGAACUCAUAGAGAAGGCUCGGUAUGAGACGAAUAUGACGCUGGAAGAGUUGGAGACCCAGUACUGGGAUUUCCACCGCCAGGUAACCAAGCGGCAAGGCGAGUUAGCUACAGCAACGAGGUGGGAGAAGGUCAAGCAAACAUGGACGCGCGACGCUGCAGACCGGAACCUCAAAGAAGCGCUGGAACAGUUCCAUCAAGAUGUUGUGGCGACCACUACCAGCCCCAGGCGCAGGGAAGAGGACGCCGAACGCGAAGAAGAGGAAGCUCGCGCGAUCGCUGCUGCGAUGCGGCUUGCUGAAGCUGGCGGAGUGGACGUUGAGACGCUCCCGUUGCCUGCCGCGGCUGUUCCUGCCGUUCAUCAUUCUGGGCUGGCUCAUAUAGGGCUCACGCACAUCAGCUGGUCCGCCCUGUACCGUGCUCUUCCCCCGAUAUACUUGUAG